UGCUGCGUUUACUCUAAUGCGGCUAGGACACGGGCUGUGGCGGGAGGGAAGAUGCCACAGCCUGAGUCCCGGAAAGCCGGGAUCCUGCGCUGCCGGCGUCGGGGAAAUUGAAAAUGGCCCUUCAGCUAUGCUAAGUCUAUAAUGGGAAGUGUCACAGUUCGAUAUUUCUGUUAUGGAUGCCUUUUUACAUCUGCUACCUGGACGGUUUUGCUUUUUGUUUAUUUCAACUUCAGUGAAGUGACUCAGCCACUUAGGAAUGUGCCCAUCAAGGGGUCUGGGCCCCAUGGACCAUUCCCCAAAAAAUUCUAUCCCCGUUUCACUCGAGGCCCAAGUCGAGUAUUAGAAUCACAGUUCAAAGUAAACAAAAUUGAUGAUGUGAUAGAUAAUAAACAUAUUGAAGAUUCAGAAAAAGGCAAUGUGAAAUUGUCUUCUGAAUUGGGUAUGAUUUUCAAUGAACACGAUCAGGAGUUGCGAGACUUGGGCUAUCAGAAACAUGCCUUCAACAUGCUUAUUAGUAACCGCUUGGGCUACCACAGAGAUGUGCCCGAUACAAGGAAUGCAGCAUGUAAAGACAAGUCUUACCCGACAGAUCUGCCAGUCGCUAGUGUUGUUAUCUGUUUCUACAACGAAGCCUUGUCUGCCUUGCUCCGGACCGUACACAGUGUCCUAGACCGCACGCCAGCCCGGCUUCUUCAUGAAAUCAUCCUUGUGGACGAUGACAGUGACUUCGAUGAUUUGAAAGGAGAACUAGAUGAAUAUGUCCGAAAAUACCUCCCUGGAAACAUUAAAGUAAUAAGAAAUACAAAGCGUGAGGGAUUGAUUCGAGGGAGAAUGAUCGGAGCAGCUCAUGCAACAGGAGAAGUCCUGGUGUUCCUGGACAGCCACUGUGAAGUGAACGUGAUGUGGCUGCAGCCCUUGCUGGCUGUCAUCCAGGAGGACCGGCAGACGGUAGUGUGCCCGGUGAUCGACAUCAUCAGUGCUGACACGCUUGCCUACAGCUCGUCCCCUGUGGUGCGGGGAGGAUUCAACUGGGGGCUACACUUCAAAUGGGAUCUUGUUCCCCUUUCUGAACUCGGAGGACCAGAAGGAGCUACUGCACCAAUCAAGUCACCUACAAUGGCUGGAGGAUUGUUUGCUAUGAACAGACACUAUUUCAGUGAACUUGGGCAGUAUGACAGUGGCAUGGAUAUCUGGGGAGGAGAAAAUUUAGAAAUAUCAUUUCGGAUUUGGAUGUGUGGAGGUAAACUGUUCAUCAUCCCUUGCUCUAGAGUUGGACAUAUUUUCCGAAAAAGGCGACCAUAUGGUUCUCCUGAAGGCCAAGACACCAUGACACACAACUCCUUGAGGCUGGCAUAUGUCUGGCUGGAUGAAUACAAGGAGCAGUAUUUUUCCUUAAGACCUGAUCUGAGGACCAAAAGCUAUGGAAAUAUCAGUGAGCGUGUUGAAUUGAGGAAAAAGUUGGGUUGUAAAUCAUUUAAAUGGUAUUUGGAUAAUAUUUACCCAGAGAUGCAGAUUUCUGGGCCCAAUGCCAAACCCCAGCAGCCUAUUUUUAUCAAUAGAGGGCCAAAACGUCCCAAAGUCCUUCAACGUGGAAGGCUCUAUCACCUCCAGACCAACAAGUGUCUGGUGGCCCAGAGCCGCCCAAGUCAGAAGGGAGGCCUAGUAGUGCUUAAGGCGUGUGACUAUGGUGACCCAAAUCAGAUCUGGAUUUAUAAUGAAGAGCAUGAAUUGGUUUUAAAUAAUCUCCUUUGCCUGGAUAUGUCAGAAACUCGCUCAUCAGACCCACCACGUCUCAUGAAGUGCCAUGGGUCCGGAGGAUCCCAGCAGUGGACCUUUGGGAAGAAUAAUCGGCUAUACCAGGUGUCAGUUGGACAGUGCCUGAGAGCGGUUGAUCCACUGAGUCACAAAGGCUAUGUUGCUAUGGCAAUCUGUGAUGGCUCUUCCUCACAACAAUGGCAUUUGGAAGGUUAAAGUGGACGCCAUGGCUGGAAUGGUGACUCAUCACACUUGUCCUCCUGUGG